UAACCGAAUCACUUUGGUUGCUGUCACGUCGGAAGUCACACGUUACUGCAGAUCUUCACGUCUAUUGUGAAUUUGGAUUUUGUACUUAAUCUGUUACUGCCGUAGUUUGUUGAAAAAUUAUAAAACUUCAAGAUGUGUGACGAUGAAGCAUCUGCUCUGGUUGUCGAUAAUGGCUCCGGAAUGUGCAAGGCUGGCUUCGCAGGUGAUGAUGCCCCUCGUGCGGUAUUCCCAUCGAUUGUGGGUCGUCCACGCCAUCAGGGUGUGAUGGUGGGUAUGGGUCAGAAAGACUCGUAUGUCGGUGAUGAGGCACAGAGCAAACGUGGUAUCCUCACCUUGAAGUACCCCAUCGAGCACGGCAUCAUCACAAACUGGGACGACAUGGAGAAAGUGUGGCAUCACACAUUUUACAAUGAGUUGCGUGUGGCGCCUGAGGAGCACCCAGUUCUGCUGACCGAAGCUCCACUUAAUCCCAAAGCAAAUCGCGAGAAAAUGACCCAAAUUAUGUUCGAAACAUUUAACUCACCCGCAAUGUAUGUCGCCAUUCAGGCUGUAUUGUCACUUUAUGCCUCUGGCCGUACCACAGGCAUUGUAUUGGACUCUGGCGAUGGUGUCUCCCACACAGUCCCCAUCUAUGAAGGUUAUGCCUUGCCUCAUGCUAUCUUGCGUCUGGACUUGGCCGGUCGCGAUUUGACCGACUACCUCAUGAAGAUUCUAACAGAGCGUGGCUACUCAUUCACCACCACUGCUGAGCGUGAAAUCGUGCGGGACAUCAAGGAAAAGUUGUGCUAUGUCGCACUGGACUUUGAGCAAGAAAUGGCAACAGCUGCUGCAUCUACCUCAUUGGAGAAGUCUUAUGAAUUGCCUGAUGGUCAAGUGAUUACUAUUGGUAAUGAACGGUUCCGCACACCCGAAGCGCUCUUCCAGCCGUCAUUCUUAGGUAUGGAAUCCUGCGGUAUCCAUGAAACUGUCUACCAAUCCAUCAUGAAGUGCGAUGUAGAUAUCCGAAAGGAUUUGUAUGCCAACAACGUAUUGUCCGGUGGUACCACUAUGUACCCAGGUAUCGCUGAUCGCAUGCAAAAGGAAAUUACUGCCUUGGCUCCUUCGACCAUUAAGAUUAAGAUCAUUGCUCCACCUGAGCGCAAAUAUUCCGUUUGGAUUGGUGGCUCUAUUUUGGCCUCUCUCUCCACCUUCCAGCAGAUGUGGAUCUCCAAGCAGGAGUACGACGAAUCCGGUCCCGGUAUCGUGCACCGCAAGUGCUUCUAAGCUCUGAAUUCAUCUGUUGCCAACCAAACCGUGGUGAUCCAAAUAAUCGGCUGAUCACCAUGACCUACUUCCCACCGUAUCCGAAUAGCUGCCGAGUCAACGCCAGCGCUGCAGGACUAAAACGAACAUACAUAUAUGAUAUAGAAAAUACAAUGAAAUAUAAAAGGGAACAUUAAACUCAACCCAUUCGAAAUGUA